AUGGAGAAACCACUCCGGAUGUCUACGCGACUUAAGCUAGACGACCCAACCAGAGUCGAAUGGGUCCACGAUCGAGGAGAGAGCUUUUCUCGCUCGCCUAUGCUUCAAUCUAGAACCUCCAAUAAAGUUUCUGGCGAUGCUCACCCACUUUUGAAAAAAAUACAACGGGAGCUCGACCACGCACAUGUCAACAGCGGUCUUGACUCCACCAAGGCCUAUAUUCCUAGGAGCGAACUCCCUCGGAUCCUCACUCCGGAAAGGGUCCGGACUAUCUUGGACCUUCCGGGCCUCAGUCAUCACUGGGACAAGGAUAGAUUAGCAGCAUACAUCUGUUUCGGUACAGCAGACUCCAGCCCUUGCUUGAAAUUAUUGGCCGUCCUUAUUGGCAUCGGUAUAGUAUCAGAUCUUUUGGAAUUCAUCAACGAAGGCGUAGACGACAAAUGCCUCCCUAUGGUAGUAGAGGAAUCUAUACAAGGGAUGCCACUCUACUGCGAACGUCACCAGAAACAGCAUGACAUUGUUAACAAGGACCGUCGACUUUCAGAGCUAAGAGAAUUCGCACAGUGGUCUUACGCCUUGGUUGCCCCGUACCUUAGGUGCGGUGAAAAGAGACACUUGCAUUACGUUCUAGACACCAGGGAUGUCUUCCCCGCGACAGCCAUUCAGAAAGUGCAAAACAGCGAGACUGCCGGAUUGGAACGAGGGAUUGCAACAAACAUGGUGCCACCCAUAAUUAAUGCGUAUGGGGGAUUCAGUGAGGUGUACCGAGUCGGAUUGGAUAUGAGUCAUUAUGAUUUCGGAAAUGUUGGGAUGCGCCAUCCCCUUGGGUUCUUUGCGCUGAAGAAACUCACUUCCCACAAUCGCGAGAAUUUCAACUUAGAACUUUCAUCCUUGCUCUUCUCUAGAGAUAACGCUACUUCCGACAAAGCUAACAGGCACUUGAUCCAGCUCUUAGCAACCUUCGAAGUGGUGGAUCGUUCGACCGGAAAUUCGACCUUCUACCUCCUUUUUGAUUGGGCCGAAGGGAACCUAAGUGAUUUCUGGAGGACGAACGAACGUUUAGUUGGGAAUAUGAACCACUGCAAAUGGAUGGCAGAGCAAUUUCACGAAAUUAGUCUGGCCCUGCAGUGUGUACACAAUGAACGGCUAGAGACCUUAAAGACCAUCGACCAAGAUACGCUUGAAAAAGGCCUGAACGGACGAGAUAUAGACGUCAACGACCUAUAUGGGCGGCACGGCGAUAUAAAACCAGACAACUUCCUUUGGUUCCGUCCGAAAGCGUCUUUAAACCACUUAGCCUUAUCCGAUUUCGGGCUAGGAAGACUGCACACCCAAGUAUCGCGAUCGAAGCAAAAUCCUAGAGAUCUCACCUGGACAGCCACCUACAGAGCACCAGAAUUCGAUUUGCCGGAUGGCAUGAUUUCGCGUGCAUCUGACAUCUUCAGUCUUGGGUGUGUCUUCUUAGAACACAUCUCGUGGUUCUUAUUAGGCAUCCACAGCGUAGAAAAUGACUUUUCGGAGCAACGGUCAGCUAAGGACAUCCAUGAUUUCCUUUCAGACACUUUUUUUAGUAUUGAGCAAGGAAAAGGGAACCACCGUCCAAUUCUAAAGUCGAGUGUCAGAGGUUGGAUAUCAGAGCUUCAGCGGCACAAGAAAUGCAGCUGGUACCUCCACCAACUGCUCGAGAUAAUAAGAGACAAGAUGUUGGAACCAGAUCGUGAAAAAAGGAUUAACGUCCUACAGCUCAUUAGGGACAUGGAGAAACUCCGAAAAACAUGCGAAAGGACCCCAAGUUUCUAUUUGAAGGCGAAGCAAGAGGAGUAG